AUGAGUGAUCCGUAUGAUAACUACACCGAGGAUGUCAUCGAGUAUCUCAACAUGUUAAGGGAAUAUACUGGUGAAGGUGGAAUAUUUCCAACUAAACUACCCGUUGUGGCGGAUGUACCAAGAGGGUUUUUUGAAGUUCAGCCAUGUGUUACACCAAUUGACGAUUUUGUUAUCAAUCGGAGCAUUGGAGAUUUGAUGGAUGAUACUUGCCCUGUUUGUCAAGAUGAGUUUAAACACGAGAAUGAAGUGAUUACAACUUAUUGUUCGCACGCCUUUCAUACAAGUUGUCUCCUGCCAUGGCUAUCCCAGAAGAACACGUGCCCAACUUGUCGAGCUGUCCUUUGCAUUAUUCGCCCUCUUUGGACCGUCAAUGUCGAAAGCGCAAACACAACAUGUUAG